UAGCGCUAGCUACCGUACCGUACACAGUCAGUUCGAGUGACAGUCUAAAGUGCGAAAAUGAGUACACCAAAUGAUUCAACAUUAGAUUCCUUGCUUGUCACCUUGGCCAGUAUGGGAUUUGACUUGGACCAAGGCCAAGCAGCGAUACAGGCAGGCAAACUCACCGUACAUGAAGCUGUAGAAUGGUUAUUGCAAGGUGGAAACAGAAACCAAGAAUUAUCUUCGAGACCGACACCUACGCUCUCCCUUAGACCAUCAUCACAAGCACAGCAGUCUUCAAGCUCCAGCUCUCGAGACCAGAAUUAUCUCCCCUUCAGUAUGCCACCAAAUUCUGUACUAACUGACCCAUCCCCUCCCAGUUCUGCUGUUUCAUCUGCUGAGCAAACCCCCACUGGAAGCAAUGACUCGGAGAAGGUUGUAAGCAGGUUCUCCCUGACAGACAAGAAGAGAGAGGAGAAGGACAGGUGGGAGCGAGAACAGAGGGAACAGCUCUCCGCAAAGUACAAGGAGGAGAGAAUGCGAAAGAAAAAAGCACAUGACAAAGUUCUGAAGGAGAUCGAAGAUGACCGUAAAGCCAAGCAACUCAGAACACCUUCACAUCCAUCACCAACAAGCCCAACUGCUCCCGGGGCACAGCCAACAAUGUCAUCAGUGGUCAAAGACACACCAGUAACAGCGUCAUCCAGUUCAGAGACCCCUCUAAAGCCCAGUUCACAGAAUGUAUCUCCUGAGAGUAAACAAGCAGAAGAUGCAGCUAAAGGGAAAGAGCACACUGCUCCAAAACCCCCAGUGAAUUGCAUUCUCCAGAUCCGUCUUCCUUCAGGCCAGCACAUGAGGGAGACAUUCUCUUCCAGUUCUUCCUUGAGUGAUGUCAUCACCAAGAUCAAAGAACAUCACUCAUCACUGGGUGACAAUUUUGAGCUAAUACAGCCUUUUCCAAGGAAAGUGUUUUCUGCAGAGGAGGUAACCAAGUCUCUCCAUGAAUUAGGCCUUACACCGAGCGGGAGUCUGGUUGUCACUACAGGUAGUCCCUCACAAGCUCAAGCACCUGGUUUGCCUGAGGACCUCAACACAGGUCAACCAUCUUCCGGAAGAUUACCUGGAUUCAGGUCCGGUGGGCGGAUUGAACCCAUGCCCCCUCUACCACCUCAAGGCUCGCAACCACCGGUCCACCGAUGGGGGCAAGGUCAUGCCGUGGGAGAGGCAACGGGGGAGCGAAGGGUGGAGGAAGAGCCUAGGGAAGAAGACGGUGAGAUGGAGAGAGCAGGAGAUGCGGUUGCCAUGGAGAUGGAAGAAAAUGCAGGAGAGAGACUCUUUGGCAGAGAUUAUGGAGAUGAACGGAUGGCGGUGGAUGAGGCCGGAUUGGGGCGAGGUCUGCAGGAGGAUGGGGUAGAGGAUGAAGAGAUGGAGGAGGAUGACGGGGGCAUGGUUGAUAUGUGGGGCCAGGCGGUACCACCUGAGUUGGCUGGUAUAAUAGCAGGUGGUGGUCGACCAGGAGGACAAGGAUUUGGUCAACACGUAUGGGGAGAAGGGCGGCGGUUGGAUGCUGAUGGACCAGGAAGGUUCGAUUACGGAUUCGCCCAGGCACAGGGAGAAGCGGACGGAGAAGGAGAGGAAGUGGCGCCAAGUCCUGCUCGUAUCGCUGCUGCAGCGUUACAGAGGCUGGUCAACGUUGCCCCCCCCCCUCCCAGUCAGACGUCCCCACCCACGGAGAGACCCAUCCCCACCCUCCUUGACAUGUGUGUCAAGUGUACAUCCAAGCGUUUGGAAGGACACCACCAGACAGGGUUCAGCCGACUGGAAGCGGUGCCUCCCAUGGUGGCGGAGAGGCUGCUGACGGAGCUGAAGAAGUCGGGACAUCUCAGACCAAAAACAUUGAUGAUGUUUGUUCCUUGCCACUUGCAACGUCUUGCCCUAGACUGCUAUAAGUACACGACCAAUGAGCUUCUUCAGACUGUACGUCCUCAUAUCCAUCUAUCUUCUCUCAAUCUUGCCUCGUGUCCUCUCAUCACUGAUCAGGGUCUACAGCAUAUUACAAGUCUGAAAAAGCUUCAGCACUUGAACCUGAGCAACAACAAGAGUCUCACUGACAAGGUCUUCCAAACUCUACAGGUGUUUUCAAGUUUGUCAACAUUGCUACUUGAAGGGACCUCAGUGACGGAUGCUGGUAUCGAAGCCUUUGUUGCUGUCCCUCCUCCCAACCUCACCAACCUGAGCCUGAACAGGACCAGUGUAACAGACCUCGCGAUACUCUUCCUAGCAAGAUUAUCAAAGUUAAAGAACCUUGGUCUUGAGCAGACACAGGUAAAAUCCUUAGAACACAUUGGUCACCUGAGUCAGCUGGUGUCUUUGAACCUGUCAAGGAAUCGUCUAGAGAGUGAUGCGUUGCUCCGGCUUCAUCAGGUCCCUAAUCUCAAGGUACUUCAUAUUUCACAUGUUGAAGGUAUCACCGGUGAUCAAGCUCUCGUUUGUCUACAGGGGUUACAGUUGCUGCAGUUAUCUUUGCCAGACAGGCACACCACUACAGACAAUGGUCUCAAAUGUAUUGCCGGAAUGUCACUGUGUUCAAUAGACCUGACUGACUACAUUCACGUCACUGAUGCAGGAAUACACCAUCUUGCAGAUAUGACUAGUCUUCGCAAACUGACUAUCACAAACACCAAGGUGACCAGUGCAGGCAUGCAGUACUUGAAUGGUUUGACAGAUUUGCUUGAACUUCACCUCGAUCGUACUUCAGUAGAUGACCAAGGGGUGAUGGUCAUCGGUCAGCUGAAUAAGCUUCAAGUUCUGAGCAUGGCUGAAACUAAGAUAACAGAUAAGUUUCUCCUCUCUAAUGCGAUCAACUCAUGCCCUCACCUAUCACGACUGAAUCUCAGUAGAACAGACAUAUCAGACAAAGGUAUCAUCAAGUUGUCGUUGCCUUAUCUCACUCAUCUUAACCUGGACUAUACAUGUGUGUCAGUUGACUGUGCACAGAAUCUUACCAAGUGCCCUAGCUUGAAGGUUAUCCGUACCAAUAAUCUCAGACAUCCAAGAGUUCUAGACCAGAACUAAGACCUGGGACCAACAUCCCUCUUCAAGGUUAUCCAUAUCAACACUCUCAGACUCCAACAGUCCUCUUGAUCUAUAUCUAUACAUCCAAGAGUCUUAGACCAGAAGUAAGACCAGGAACUGACAGCCCUCUUGAAGGUUAUUCAUACCAACAAUCUCAGACAUCGAAGAGUCUUAGACCAGAAGAAAGACCAUUAACCAAUAGACCUCUUGAAGAUUAUCCAGACAUUCAAGAAUCUUAGACCAGAACUAAGACCAGGAUCCCACAGCCCACUUCAAGGUUAUCCAUAUCAACACUCUCAGACAUCCAAGGGUCCUAGACCAGGACUAAGACCAGGAACCGAUAUCCCUCUCGCUUAGUGGGACAGAGCUUGAGCCAGGGGUGUUGCAGAAGUGUUGAGAUGAACGCAAUUUACCUCCGGACCCACUGUCUAACCAUGAUAUAAUCAAUAACAUUCUGAGUGUUAGUCCAAAAACCAAGACCAAGCUCUGAAAUCAUGGUACUAAUUUUACCCAAUAUGCAAUGCGUGUUCCAUGGUGUCGGACACGGCAGGAACCUUGGACUGCUAGCUAAUAGAACUAGGUUAAGAUGAAAGAAUAUAUUUACUGUAUAUUCUCUCCAGAAAUCUGUUACAUGGUUGCUAUUGUUAUUUAGGUUUUGGAAGUGCCAUGGAAGUACCUACCCCAGCAGCAAGAAUAUAUAACAAGAAUAUAAACAAGCAUUAUAUUUAUAUAUCACUUAUUUAAAUAAGAAACAAAAGGAAGUUCAAUGAAAAUAAGCUCAUGUUACUUGCUAUUUAGGAUAAAGUACAGGACUUAUUAUAGUAAUAAUGAAUUGUCAAUAAAAGAUAUGACAAGAAAAUGUACAUGAAAUGAUCUAUCCACUUGAAAAAAGGCUAUUGAAGAAAGAAUGAAAUGUUGCAAAUUUAGGUUGUACUUCAUAUCAAGUUUUGGUUCAGAAGUUUUAGAUUUGUUGCUAGUCUUCUUUCAUUAAUUGUGCCAAAUCCUAGAUGUGCUUCUGAAUUUCCCCAAAAUAUGUAGUUAAGAAAAUAUUAGUAGUCAUGUUUACUACCAUGUUUCAAUCAAAGCCAAAUGAUGAUAGUGAUAUGCAACAUUUAUAUAUACAGGUACCCUGAUAUUUUAAUGUCUGAAGUAAGAUUUAAUUGAAUUAAAAUUUCCUUCAGAAAGCUAUUUAUCCACGUAGGGUCACUUGGCUGCACCCGGUGAAGUGAUUGGGCACCCGGUAUGAUUUAUUCCUUGAAUGCUUUUACGCCUAUAUAGCAAAUCAGCUACAGCCGGGUAAUAACAAGUAUCAAGCUAUAUAGUAUAGUGGCUUCACUAGGUAAAUGGACCUGUUAUCAAAUAUUAUUAUUGAUAAAUUAAUCAUACACACAAGUGAAAUGUCUAAUACAUUGAAAUUUACAGAAUUUUCCAUUUCGAACAUCUGUUGAAACUGAGAUUAUGUGAAUCAUACUAUGUUGUUGUAUAAUGUAAUCCAGGGAGUGUUUCACAAAGAUCUAAGCGUGACUUUGAUAGAGUCGCACUUAUUUCAACUUUUCAGUUGUGUGUGGUAUAUAAAACAUCAUUGUAUUGGUCAAAUCAUGCGCAAGAGAUGUGCACAACGCAUAUUCAUCAAUCAGAUUUCACAUUAAAUAAUGUAUGUGGUAAAUAGCAUGACAUGUGCAUUGGCGUUUAAGCAUGACUCUUAAGUCCCACUUAAGUCUUUGUGAAGCAUUCCCCAGAUCACUUUUAUUUUCUCCAUGCCAUUUUCGUUAUUAAACAUUUCAUUGAAAAAACAGGAUUGAUAAUGAUGGUCAAUGAUCAAAUGUUGAAAGUUUUUUAUUGUAUCUUAUGUGUUAUGUCUUUAGGUCUUAUUUUACCCUGGGUAGCCACUUCAGUUCCAAAAACUGUUCUCCCAGCGGGCCCUGCUCAGCAUAUUAAUAUAAUUAUUAUUGCUUCUAGUAGUUGCAAGUUUCUAUGUUCAGAAUAACACAAUGAUAUGGGAUGUUUUUCUUUAAUUUCUUUCUUUCAAUCAAGUCCACCUUAAAACAGAACAUUACCCACUGAAAGAGAAAUCAGUGAAUAUUUUUAAAUAUUUAGUCAUUGUAUUGAAUUCAUUGUUCCAUAGUUUUUACAACAUUUUCAGGAGUAAAAAGAAGCAAGAAGAGGGCUUAAAAAUACUCCCUUAUGGAUAUUAAAGUUCCUAUCUUAGAUUAAUUUUUAACUCAUUGAAUGCAGUAGUGCAGGUUAUCACCUUUGCUAAUGAUACAAUAAGGUAUGAUUUUGUUUAUUGUACUGAUGUCUGAUAUAUUUUGGUAUUAUGAUACUCAUAAGUGUACAUAACUUAGAUAAGGUUUGUGAAAGCCUAGUAAUGGUUGUCCUUUCUACAAAAAUACUCCUAAAAUGGAUUCUUGUUGAUCAGCCUUUCUCGACUAUUCGCUAUUAUAUGGAUUAUUUAUGAUCAAGGUAGUGUUUCAUAAAACUGAUCAAGGUACAAGUGACUUCACAAACGACUGAUGAUCCCUUUUUAGAAGCUGCUUCCACACCCAUGAAACUUUGGUGAGCAUAACUUACCUUAAGAAAGGAUCACCAGUCGUUUGUAAAGUCGCUCGUAACAUGUGAAUAGCAUGGUGGGUGUUUCACAAAGCUCUUUGUGAAGUUACACACAGUGUUAUGCACAAGUAAAACAUGCUCUUAGUGCUAAGUCAUAUAUAAUUUAGCGUAAGAAAGGAUCACCAUUCAUGGGUAACUUUUCAACAGCUUUAUGAAAUACCCCCUGGGCCCUGUAACACAAAGGUUAGUGAUAAAUUGCUACUCUGAACGAGCAAAUCUGAUUGGUUCCUAGUCGGUCUACAGAGCCACAUGCGCAUGCAACAAGUAUCUUGAUAGGCCAUUUCAUUUAGCCAUUGAUUGCUAACCUUUGUGUUACGGCGCCCAGAGUGUCUUAUACUGUUAUUAAAUGAGGAUUAGUGUUUUUUUUUCACUCUUUUCAUCCAACUUGAUUGAUUCUUUGUUAAUUGUAUAAUGUGAUUAUAUAUGUGAUUGAAUCUUGCAUAAUUUUUGUGCAAUGGAAGAGAAUAUACUUCUAUUAUUGAUUAAAACUAUAUAUCUUA